UCAUAGGAAAUCCCGAUUUUACGAGUGUAAAAAUAAGAGUUGCUUUGACUUUAAGUGGAAACAUGAAACAAUUUAGUUUCUACCUCGGUAGAUUGUGGUUGCCUGUGAAGAAAUUGAUAAAAUAUUUCAUUACUUAGUACACAAUAGCACUACAAAAAUUGGAUCUAACACUAAACUGUGAAUCAUGAGCUCGAAAAAGAGGAGUUUGGACUUGUACCUCGCUGAGGUGUUCAAACAGUUCAUCUCGAUCAAAGAUGAUGAUUUCAAGAAGUCACAGAAUGUAUUCAAGAGCGUCUUCGAUCAAGUCAAACAGAAGAUGGGCGAACAAUGUAAUUAUUUCAAGAAAUACGCCAGUCAGAUCAUGUACGGUGGAAGCGUCUCCGACAACAUCAAAGUGGGCAAGAUGGAUGAAUUCGACAUGGACAUUGUAAUUCGGUUGCCAAUCAGCUAUGCGGACAUCAUUAUUGAGAACGAAGAGCCGGGUUUUGUUAAACUGAAGAUCACGAAUCCUUUCGAUAAUUUAGACAAGCAGCCUGAUUGGGAGAAGACGCACAAGGUGACGCGGGAGUGGCGAGACUCUGACAAGUACUUAUUGCAGAGUAAGUUCCGUCAGUGGAUGCACAAGAAUGUCCAAAAAGCCCUGAACGCUAUGGAGGGGAAGGUGACGGUGAACGGCGACGUCUACUUGCUGACGUACAAGGAAUCAGGGCCGGCUUACACGCUGAACAUUAGAAACGACGAGGGAACUGAAAAGUAUGCCCUGGAUGUGGACUUAGUGCCGGUCAUUAAGUUCACGUACCCUCGCGUACCGGACGGUUACAGAGUAAUUGACGGAGUUCAAGCGAAGGACUGGCUGGUUGUACCCAAGCCUAACAAGGCUCUGAGUGACGUCACCGUAAAGAACCGAUGCUGGCGACUCUCCUUCCAAGAACAGGAGAGAGAAAUUAUCAAAGACUGUCAAGCGUUGAAGACAACUAUCCGACUGGUGAAAAAGUUACGAGAUGCGCUCGAGAUGAGAGCUAUUGCUAGCUAUUACAUCAAGUCGCUCUUCUUAAAGAAAGUGCACGAAACACAAGACAAGGGUUACUGGAAAAACAAAGUCAGUUUCCUGUUCCGUACGAUGGUAGAGGAGUUGUACCUCGCCAUCCACAAGAAACAUAUUCCUUUCUUCUGGAACUGCGAGCACAACUUGAUUGGCGGGCUGAAGGAUAGUUUGCAGAAGAUUUAUUGCGACAAACUAAAGAAUGUGAUUGCAGCUAUCGACGCGAAUGAUAUUGAAAAGGUCGUCGGGGCAUUGUUGACGGCAGAUGAAAUGAGAGAGUUUAAAAAGUCUGAGUUUUAUAUGAAACACGGGGAGCUGGAACCUUUGCUGAUGACGAGUCCUUCUGUCUCUUCUUUUGGGUCGUCGUCAACGCCGAACAGCGCUUUGACCAGCCAAUUAAAAACGUUGACGGACGAGCUCGACUCCCUGCGUGUUAAUAACGAAAGAGACCAGAAGUUUGAAGAGCUGGAAGGUAAAAUGAACAAGCUAUCAGACAGAGUUAGUCUGUUAGAGUGUAGAAUGAACAAAAUUGAAAUGGCUUUGAGUCAGUCACAAAUGACAUAUAGUCCAGUCAUCCAAUCGGAUGAUCUGAUCCAGAUCAUUUAAAUCGCAUGAGUAAUCUAACGGAAUUUUGCAACGGGAAAGAUUUUUGCUUGAGUUAAACUUAAACUUAUGAGUUUUAAGGAAAUAUUCGCAAGAUAAUAGAAUUAUCAGAAUUCCAUCAGUGACGUAACUCUUAUAGCUGCCAUGACGUUGACUCAUAAGAGAAUUUCCACAGAUUUUGCUAAUGUAUGACUAUAAUACGUAAUUAUUUACAUAAUGAAACCUCGAAAUAGAUUCUAGCGAACAUUUGUUCCGUACAGAAACGUUUGCCAUAUAUGCAGCUACACAUGUACUACGCAGGCAAAUUGCCAAGGCACCCAGUGGAAAGAUUACCGAACCUACUUUAUAAUAUGUAGAAAUGAAAUGAAAACUUAACCCAACAAAAUAAUGUUAUGUCGUAACGAGUAUAACUACAUACAUUUUGACGUUCAAAAAUGCCUUCCUGGUCUAUUUGAAAUAAAUGAUUUUGACUUUGAAGAUUUGAUCAAAAUUGAAUCAUAACAAAUACAUUACCUGUGUUGCAACGUUGCACGCGCAUCUCAUGUAACAUGUCACGGGUCACGUUGCUGCAUGAAACGUCCUCAUCACUGUUACUAUAAUUUGUAAGUCAAAACAUCUCGUUGUUUCCUUAUUGUUUUUAUACUUCUUAAUUAUUUUCUUGUGCGCUAAUUGUAAUUUACAUAUUUUAUGAAUUUAUUUUUUAUUUUUAUAUUACAUAGGUGCAUAUUAUGAAUUCCUAUAAAAUUAUGGUCUCUUUUAUUAUUGAAUUAAAUUUAUUUUAUUACUAGUCA